GUUCGUCUUCCGGAAUUCGGAUAUAUGUUUCCUUCUGUAUACCUAUACUUUCGUGGACAUCCAUUUUACGUUGUAUUUUCUUCCACUCCUAUAUUCACAAAUUUUCAGAGUGACUCCUGCUGUGUUCUUUGUUAACACUAUCUGCUACACAUGAAAAACAUUUGCCGCACAACGAAAGAAUUGAACGUUGACGCACUUUAUCUUGGGAAACUAUUUGAAUGUUGGCAUUAAUUGUCGGUUAUGUACACAACUCAAAAUAUCCGGUGCAUAAGGAAGGUUUCUGCUGCACAAGGAACAUCAUUCAUAAGCGAAUCCAUUAUUCAAUUUAUCCCCUUUUAUAGCAUACCAUAGUUGUGAAUAUAUUAGAACUAUUUUCAUACCUUGAAUGCAUUCAUGUGGACCCAACAAUUGGGAAAAAAAGUGUGAAAAUCUUCUCUUUUUCUUCAUAUCUUUCUUUUCGUUUCGUCUUUCUCUGCGUUUCAAGGGUUGAUAGAGUUGGUUAGACGUGGUUGCCGGCGCUGCAAAAGCAGGUGUGAUCCGCAGGGUGAUAGCCUCUGUUGCAUUACUCUGCGUAAUCUUGUUUUGGGGGAAGUAGCUGUUGGAAAACGCUCGUCUUUCCAUGGUACACUAAAGAAUUUGAAAGAUGCUAUUGGAUGCAGUUAUAAACAUAUAAUCCCUGCAACAUUAAAUGAAGAAAGUUUCUGCAUGGCGCCGAAGCAUAGGAGACACAAUGUCUGGGUCAAGACGGAGAUUACGUUUAAUGGGGCUAAUUUUAACAUGGACUAUUGUCUUGGUUUCUUUGGCGAGCAUUUUUCUGUUUGGUGUCUAUAUUCACCCACCAAGAAGCUCAAUUGCAUGCUCUGUCUUUUCUUCUGGUGGUUGUGCUGUGCCGGAACAGCAUCCUUCACAGGAAUUAAGUGAUGAUCAGAUUGCGGCUCGAGUUGUAUUAAAAGAAAUUUUGAAGAUACCACCUAUUCAAUCAAAAAACCCAAAAAUUGCUUUCAUGUUUCUGGCUUCAGGUUCAUUACCUUCCGAGGAGAUCUGGGAUAACUUUUUCCGUGGCCAUGAGGGCAGAUUCUCUGUUUAUGUACAUUCAUCUAAUGAAAAACCAGUGCAUGUUAGCCCCUAUUUCGAGGGCCGGGACAUUCGGAGUGAGAAGGUGGUCUGGGGAAAAAUCUCCAUGGUUGAUGCAGAGAAGAGGCUUUUGGCAAAUGCACUCGUAGACCCUGAUAACCAGCAGUUUGUACUGCUGUCUGAAAGCAUCUUGGAUCCUGGCCCACACGGAGUAGGCAGGUAUUCAGAGUGUAUGUUUCCUGAGGUUAAAAUAGAUGAUUUCCGGAAGGCUUCACAGUGGUUCUCCCUGAAGCGGCAGCAUGCUGUAAUGGCUAUAUCUGACAGUUUUUACUACAGGAAAUUCAGCCUUUACUGCAGGAAGGGGAUCAGAGUCCAAGCAAGUUAACAACUUGAUGUUGAUGCUUUUUAACUUUCUCAGCCAAAUAUGGAUGGGGAGCACUGUUAUUCAGAUGAGAAUUACUUGGCAACUCUAUUUCAUAUGCUGAUCCUGCUGGCAUUUCAAAUUGGGCUGUAACACAUGUUGACUGGUCCGAAGCGAACUGGCACCCCAAAACAUAUAUGGCUCCAGAUGUUACUCAUGAGCUCCUGAAGGACAUUGCAAAGAGAGCAAUGGUCACCCCUUGCUCAUGGAAUGGGAAGAAGCGGCCUUGUUUUUUAUUUGCCAGAAAAUUCCAACCUGAAACUUUGGAUAAAUUGAUGUACAUUUUCUCCAACCAUAUGACAAGUUCGACACCUUAACUUUCCUCCAUCAGUGUCGUUAUUUGGUCGGGUCAGCAUCAUUUGAUUCCAGUCCUCACCACUGUUAUCACAGAAAAAUGUACGUUUGGAUAAACAUUAUGAGGUGAUCAACCUUCCAGACAUUUCGAUCAGUUUUGCCCACAAGAGGCAAGAAGCAGGUGCAUUCAGGAGCUCGAGGAGGCCACAGGCUCCUGAAAAUAAUAUUCGGAUUGCUAUCUUUGGGCCAUUAUCUCCUCAGAACAUGAAGUUUUGGUUUUUAUUUGAGUUAAAAGUGUUUUUAGUUUUAUUUUUAAUGUAAGAGAUUGUGGACUUUUAACAAUUGUGAAUUUUUAUUUCAUUUAAGCCCCUUUUUUGUCACGAAAUUGAUGGACAGGCUACAGCCAUGCACAUUAUUAUCAUCAUAAAAAACGGAUUUAGAUUUUUUUUGUAA